AUGUUGCGCAUCGUGCCGCUAGUCUCUGCUACUCUGCUCGCCCGUCUCGUCCUGCUUAUGGUGGUGGCAGCCGCCGCUGCGGCCGUCUCGCCAGCCAUCACCACGUCGGAUACGCUCCCGCUCGUUGGCUCGAAAAUCCUCGCCUCGGCAGUGGUGGACGAGUCCACCGUCCAUGUCGCGUCGGCGGCAGGCAUCUCGGUCUUUGUGGCUUCUACCUCCUCGGGACGCUUUGCCUCGGCUGCCAAUGUCACCUGCGCGGACAUCGUCGAGGCUUCCGGCAUGGCCGACGGCUCGUCUGGCGCGUCAUACUCGCAUGUCACUGUCAUCUCCUCGGCCUCGUUCCUCCCGCGCCGCCCGGCGCAUGAUCGCCGCGGCAACGACGGCCUCGACGGCGCUCUAUGGGUGCUCGGCUUUGAGAGCGUCAUUGUCGUCAUUGACGCCGAUGCCCUCGCUCAUGGCUCGAUCGUGGUUGUCGACGCCCAUGAGGCCUCGGGCGGUAUUUGGCUGCCGAUUGCAGAUCCGCUCGCCCGCAAGGUCUACUUUGAUGGCAUCCAGUCGACCUCGUUUGAGUCGUCAAGUCCGUACUUUGAGUACCGAGUCGUGUAUGCGCCCGAUGAGCCGCCGGUCGACGAGUCGUACUUUAUGGCGUACAUGAUGCCCAACACAGAUGUUUGCGAGACCGCUGCGCCAGCUCUCUCGGGUGACCUUGUCUUUAGCUUGCCGUGGAGCAACAAUGCCAAGCUUGCCGACGCCCGUCUAGGCAACUUCACAACGUCUAGUCUCGUCACCGUCCGAGUCGCGGCAUGCACCCAGUGGCCGCCCAAGCCCGAGUGCUACCCGGUCGCACACCCAAUCGCGCUCGAGAGCUGCCCUGGCGCCGCGCAUGCCACGUCUGUCGAUGUCUCAGGCGCCGGCCCGGUCUCGGACACAUACUACGGCCUGCGCCUUGCGUACUAUGAUAGCCACAGCGGCGCUGUUGGUAUCUGCCUCCUCAUCCUUGACGCCACCAACGACUACGCGCUUUCCAGCUCGAUGACGCUGCCGCUGUUCCCGACAUCGUUCAGCACCGCCCUGGCGCAGCCGACGCUCUCACAGUACAUCGAACUCGACCUGACUCAGCAAGGCUCGGCUGGCUGCCCGUUCCGCAACAUCGGCAAGUGUCCGGGCGUCCUCACCUCGGCGUCGAUCGACAACAGCGGCUCAGUGUCGAGCAUGACCGAGCUCAAUGUGACCGGUGUCCGGGUGCCCACCGGCGAAAUGACGGCGCACUCGCUGAGCGACGGCAGCUACCUUGUUGUCAACACGCCGUACCAGCAGUACUGGGACACCGUCCAGAUCCUUCGCGUCACGCCUGAGACAUCACUCAAGUCGCAGGCGGCUCUUGCGGCUGCUACCACAGUCCCGCGCGUGGAAGCUACGGCGCCGGUGUCACUUGCCAACGCAACGCGACUCGAGCUCAACGUCACGGCGCCGGCGCGCUUCAAGGGCCUCGUUGCGCAGUUUACUUUUGAGGUCUCCACGAGGUUUUCCACGCUCCAGUUUGUGGUGACAGGCACCGAGGAGGCGACGGCUAUGGCCGCCAGCAUCGAGCUCGGCUCGCAGCGCGCCAGUCUGCCGUUUCCGUCAUCAGGCCUCACGCCCAACAACUUUUCGACUGUCUUUGUCGACGCCGGCCUAGCCACCAUCAACGUCACCUGCCAAACCUCAGCGGCGUUCUGCGCCUUUUCGGUCAUCGCGUACGAGCUGCCGGUCACCCACUUUCUCGGCCCUCAUCCGCGGUUCCUUCCUUGGUCGGUCUCGCCCAACAUCUACGGCCAGGUCCCGGUGCCAGACUUUGUGGUGGCGGGCGCCCACGGCGGCGACGUGUUUGUCACUACCAAGCUGUGGCAGAACGGAACCCAGGUGUACUCGGCGUGGGCCGUCGACGGUGACGCCGUUGUGGCGGCCGGGCGCAUCGAGCUCAACUCGGUCGUCGCGGUCUCGUAUUCGUCGCAGUACGCAUACUCCAAGGCGGUUGUCCUGCGAAAGAUCGGCUCCGAGUCUGGGAUCGAAGCGGCUGUGGUCGAUCUGACGACGCUCAAGAUUGUCAACGCCUUUGACGCCAACCCCAACGGUGUGGUUAUCGGGUCGACUGACGUCAUCACCGCCGGCUUCAACGAGGCCACGUCUACGUACGUGGUGUACAUUGGGAACAACGCGACGGUGUUUGACAUCAAGUCCUCUGCGGUUGUGAACUCGUUUGUCACCAACUUUAUGCACACCAACGUCGAUUGUCCCACGAGGGGCUCGACAAACAUCGCCGUCGACUCGCGUGGCUUUCUCUACACCUCAACCUCGUGCGCCGGCUUUGGCACCAUUCGGAUCUACGACUCGGCAUCUGGGGCGCAGGUGUACACCUUCCGACACGGCUCGUCGAUGAUUCCGGCGCAGUCACCUGGCGGCCUCCUCUCGCCGGCGUUCAUCGCGUUUGACGACAUGGCCUGCCUCGGGACAACCUGCUUUUCGGGCGCGCUGCGGUACACGGUCGGCUCGGCUCGCACCGGUGAGAUCGUGCUUGCGCACGUGCCGACGACCGACGAACAGCUUCUGAUCACGUAUGGGACGUUUUCCAACGGCGUUGUCGGGCGGCGCGAGCUCGGGCACAACGGUGUGGGCCUCGGCAAGGUGGCGUGGAAGUGGCAGUUCCCGUACAUUGUCCAUGGCUCGUCAAUCGACAGUGCGUCAACGGCUUACCCGGUCGUCUCGGCCAAUGCGGUGUGGCAGAUUGACUCGUUCAACGUCGCCUUUGCGGCCGGUGACCUGGCAACUGGCACCACGGCGCUCGCCACCAUCUGGCCGUUCGAUGCCGGCGUCCACGGCUCUGUUACUGCCUUUCCGCACUCGUUUGAUGGCGUGGUGGCGUCAGUGGCCAACCCCAACGCAGUCUACAUCCUCGUCAACACCUACUUUGGCCAGUUUGCCCUCGUCCAGACACUGUCAAUGGCUUCGUCUGAGAUUAACGUGCCGCAUGCGGGCCUGAUGGCUGCUGCCUUCUGCCUCGACGCGCACUGCGCUGCGCCCAACGAUGCCUUCCUUCUGUGCAAGGCGUCGUCGGCCAACCCGGAGGCGUGCCUGCGGGAGGGCCGGGCCGUGACCGAGUGCGCCGCACAAGUACUCGGCGCGGUGGAGGCGCAGUGCAACGAGACAUACGCGGCGCUGACCAAGUGCCUUGAUGCCAACUCGCUGGCGUACAACGAGUGCCGGGCCCAGGUCAACGCCUUUGAGGCGUGCUGGUCCGCUCCCGAGUUCAAGGCUGAGGCGGUCAACGCUCCGCAGCCGCAGUAA